CACUUAUGUGUACUGGUCGUGAUUCUCAGAAGAUGUCAAAAUGAGUCACAAGCUGUACUAACAAAAGCAAAAGUUCUCACAAGAUGUCAAAAUGAAUCACAAGAUGUACUAAACAAAAUCAAAAGUGCUUACAAGAUGUCAUAAAGAGUCACAAGAUUUUUAUAAAAGUGUCACAACUUGUGCUCGUGACUCCGUUCAUUGGCCUAUAAAAUUGAGAAACAUAUUCUCAUAACAAUUACAAAUCAUCUUUCUUCUUCUCCUACUCAAAACAUUUCCUUCCUUAAAAAUCAUCUUUCCUUCCUUAAAAAUCAUCUUUCCUUCUCAUAUUCAUUCAAAAUGGCUGGAUCAUCACAUUAUCAUUUUUACAACAGAAAUGAGGUUGAUGCAUUUGGUUCCAUGUUUGAUGAAUUUAAUGAAAUUUUUGAAACACCUGAUAUUAUACCCCCUCAACCAAAAGAGCGAAAACAACGUAUUUUUAUCGAGAGAAAUCGGGAAGCAGCCCACAAUAAACUCUGGAAUGAUUAUUUUAGUGAAACUCCAACAUACGGGGACUCAUUAUUCCGGCGCCGGUUUCGGAUGAACAAACCAUUAUACAUGGGUAUUGUGCAUCGUCUCUCUACAGAAGUACCGUAUUUUCAACCAAAAGUUGAUGCAGCGGGCCGGUCUGGAGUAUCUCCACUACAAAAAUGUACUGCAGCAAUUCGUCAAUUGGCAUACGGUGGUGGAGCUGAUACAGUUGACGAAUAUGUACGACUUGGUGAAACAACAGCUCGAAAAUGUUUGCACCAGUUUACCGCCGCAAUAAUCAACUUGUAUGGCGAUCAAUAUCUAAGACGUCCCACACCGGAGGAUCUUCAACGACUACUAUAUUAUGGAGAAGAACGUGGCUUUCCAGGCAUGGUUGGAAGCAUCGACUGUAUGCAUUGGGAGUGGAAGAAUUGUCCCAGCUCUUGGAAAGGAAUGUAUUCACGUGGAACCGAUAAACCAACACUUGUCCUGGAGGCCGUAGCUUCUCAUGAUCUCUGGAUAUGGCACGCGUUUUUCGGAGCUCCAGGUACAAUGAACGAUCUUAAUAUUCUUGAUCGGUCACCUGUUUUUGAUGAAAUUAUUAACGGAAAAGCUCCGCAAGUCAACUAUUACGUCAACGGAACAGAGUAUCAUUUGGCUUACUAUCUCACAGAUGGUAUUUAUCCGAAAUGGGCAACUUUUAUUCAAUCUAUCCGACUACCACAAGGUCCGAAAGCCUCUUUAUUUGCUAAAAAACAAGAAUCGGUGCGAAAAGAUGUGGAGCGGGCCUUUGGAGUCCUGCAAGCUAGAUUCGCUGUUGUUAAAAAUCCAUCUAAUUUAUGGGAUAAAAAAAAAUAGCAAAUAUUAUGAAAGCAUGUAUUAUACUCCAUAAUAUGAUUGUCGAAGAUGAACGCGGAUCAUACACUCUUCGUAACAUUUCAGAAUUUAAUGAAGGAGAAGGAGACGGAGAACUUGAAGGUGU